AGCAGAAGAGCAGGUCUGCUGUAUAUUACUAGUGAAGGCAAAACCGCAGCUCCCACACUGUGGAUUCACACCGACAGAAAACAGCCGGUCCGUCCGCUGAAGAUAAGGCUCGUCCCCGCUGCGGGUGAGCGCGUAAUGGGAGUAAAUGAACGGAGCGCGCACGGACAACGCGGCGUCGACAAUGACACGGACCCUCGGCACCCUCCUUUACGCGUUUACCUUCGUCCAUAUCCAGAGUGUAAUCUGUGCAGACUCUGAAGAGCGUCUCAUGAACUGGCUUCUGGCAAAAGAGCGUUAUAACAACCUCAUCAGGCCUGCUCUGAACAGAACCGAAAGAGUGACGGUGAGGCUGCAGGUCUCUCUGGCACAGCUCAUCAGCGUGAACGAGAGGGAGCAAAUCAUGACGACAAACGUCUGGCUCACACAGAACUGGAAUGAUUACAGACUAUCAUGGGACCCAUCUGAAUAUGAGGGAAUCGACAAGCUCCGAAUUCCCUCCAGACACAUCUGGCUACCUGACAUUGUAUUAUACAAUAACGCCGAUGGCACGUAUGAGGUGACGGUCUUCACCAACGCUAUUGUGCUGUUUAACGGCAGCAUCGCCUGGCUUCCUCCUGCCAUCUACAAGAGCGCCUGCAAGAUUGAGGUCAAGCACUUCCCCUUUGAUCAGCAAAACUGCACGCUAAAGUUCCGCUCAUGGACAUACGACCACACAGAGAUUGAUCUUGUCUUAAAGUCUGAGGUGGCCAGUAUGGACGAUUUCACUCCUAGUGGAGAGUGGGACAUUUUAGCUCUGCCGGGAAGGAGGACAGUCAACCCUCAGGACCCGACUUACGUAGACCUGACGUAUGAUUUUAUCAUUAAGCGAAAACCUCUCUUCUACACCAUCAACCUCAUCAUCCCGUGUGUUUUAAUCACCUCGCUGGCCAUCCUAGUUUUCUACUUACCCUCAGAUUGUGGUGAGAAGAUGACCCUGUGCAUCUCUGUUCUCCUGGCCCUCACAGUUUUCCUGUUAUUGAUCUCCAAAAUUGUUCCUCCUACAUCCCUGGAUGUCCCUCUAAUUGGCAAGUACCUGAUGUUCACCAUGGUGUUGGUGACGUUCUCCAUUAUCACAAGUGUAUGUGUGCUCAAUGUGCAUCAUCGAUCCCCUAGUACUCACACUAUGCCAAAAUGGGUGAAGCUGGUCUUCCUGGACAAACUUCCCAUGUUGCUUUUUAUGCGAAGGCCUGAAGGGAACUCGUCUCGGCAGAGGCUACGUCAGCGGAGGCAUCUCAAAGAUAAGAGAGCUCUGUUUGGGCUUAGAAGUCGAGCUCCCUGCAAGUUGGGAAUGUCCUCAUCCGCCUCGGUCUUGUUUGCUGCAUCUUCAGCAUCAGUUCUGUCUUCACCAGGACACUUUUACAGCAAAGGAAGCAGCUUUUACAGAAAAGGUGAUCAGCGCCCUAGAGAGUUCCUGCCCAAUGGCAACGCCUUCAACCAGGGAGACAUGAGAGGAGGUGGAGGACAAUCAGACCUGGGUGCUGAUGUUCAAGAAGCAGUGGAUGGAGUUCGCUAUGUAGCUGACCACAUGAUGGGAAAUGAUGAUGACCAGAGUGUUAUUGAAGACUGGAAGUAUGUUGCCAUGGUGGUGGAUCGGAUGUUUCUGUGGAUCUUUGUAAUUGUGUGUGUGGUUGGGACAUUGGGCCUUUUCCUUCAGCCAGUCUUCCAGAACCAGACAGUUCCUGUCCAUCAGCCGAAUGCUGAAUCUUCUAGAAGGGAUGGGAUGUAAAGUAUGUGUCAUUAUAGGAUGACAAACAUCAGAUUUAAAUUUCCAUAAAAGAAAAGAGCCAUGAUAUUUGUAAGGUAUUGAGAAUGGACUUGUGGUAUAAUCAGUUAUAAAGACAGUUUUCUGUUGAACUGAAGCUUAAAUCAGAUUAAAUGCUGGAUAGAAAUGAUUAAGCCUUUAUAACAGAUGGCUAAAUGUCUUUAGGAUUAUAGCAAAAUAAAGUUAAAGACACUGUCACUGUUUAUCUAAAAAUAUUACUUCAGUCUAAUAAACCAGUGAAUUAAAUAUUUAUCAGUUAAUGUUUCGUGGUUCAUCUCUUUCUUUAGCUGUAUCUGGACAAUAUACUGUAGUAUUUUUACCUCAAAUGUUGUAUUAAAGGGGGGCACGGUGGCUUAGUGGUUAGCACGUUCACCUCACACCUCCAGGGUCGGGGUUCGAUUCCUGCCUCCGCCUUGUGUGUGUGGAGUUUGCAUGUUCUCCCCGUGCCUCGGGGGUUUCCUCCGGGUACUCCGGUUUCCUCCCCCGGUCCAAAGACAUGCAUGGUAGGUAGAUUGGCAUCUCUGGAAAAUUGUCCGUAGUGUGUGAUUGCGUGAGUGAAUGAGUGUGUGUGUGCCCUGCGAUGGGUUGGCACUCCGUCCAGGGUGUAUCCUGCCUUGAUGCCCGAUGACGCCUGAGAUAGGCACAGGCUCCCCGUGACCCGAGGUAGUUCGGAUAAGCGGUAGAAGAUGAUGAUGAUGAUGAAUGUUCUAUUAUCAUGUGGAAUAAUACAAAUUUAAUAAAAAUGUAUCUCCACUAGCAAUGAUCUGAUUAAAUGCUUCUCCUGGUUUUGUGCAUUUGUUUAGUCAUGUUGAUGGUUACGCUGAAGGUAGCGUUCACUGACUGCCGAUUAGAUGGGAGGCUAAAAUCCGAUCUGUAUCAAUAACUCUGCAUUAAACUAAUAAGGACUCACUGAUGACAAAAUAAGAAUUAUGUGGAGCAAAUAUAAAGUUAAAGACUGAUAGAAGACAUAGUCAGCUACAUUUGUUGUUGUUUUUUUUAAUGUUUCAAAUGUUUCUAUAAAUCCUGACUGGGUUUUUAUGUCUUUUAAAUGUCAAAUGGAAAAGGUCAAGAGAAAAGUCCCUUACAAACCAAAAAAAAUAAA